AAGCAGUCAGUGGCGAGGCAAAGUGAAUGGUGGCAACUAGCGACAGAGGGAGUGUGAGGGAGGGACGCUGAGGGCUGAAUCUGUCUCUCUGCCUCCCUCUCACCAGUCUGCCGCUGCGCCUUGAGUUAAGAACACGCGCCUCGAUUCUCUCCAGCUAGCAUACAGAAACACACUGGAAAGCCCGGCUGAUCGUCUUUGUGGCCUUUGAAAACAGUCGUAGUGAGAGAGCAAAACUUUUCAACAUACGGGGUUCACAUACUGCAGCGAUAGGUGGCCACAUGCGCCAUUAUGCACCGUUCGAACACCAUAGCCGCCAUGUUGUGUUUACUUUCCACUGCCAGCUGAGUACUCCACAACACAGCCACACUCGACCCUGGAUCUCACGCCCUCACGCCUUCACGCCCUUCUCUGCUGCCUCGUGGUGGACAGUGCUGUUGGCAAGACGACACACCACACAGGAUACACCAAAAUGCAGGACCUCUCAACAAACAUAGCCACUCUCACUCACUCACUCACAUAAUGCCAAAACAGAAAGACAAGAAAGCAUGAUCUCCUCCUUUCCCAUCACAAAAGUGCAGGACAUUUCGACAAACAGCGACAUUCACUCACACAUAAUUUCAAUACAAAAGACAAGACAGCAUGACCUUCUCCUCUCCCAUCAUACGAGACACUAACUUCCCUCCCUCCCUUUCCUCCAGAUGGAUGACCACACUCAGGAGGAUUUCACAGGAAACAAUGCGGCAAUGAACAACUUCGCUUUGCCUCCCGGUGUCAACAUAGAUGAUGACAUCGUCAAUAUAUAUGUAAACCCUCAGUACUACAGACACCAAGACCACACAUCCACAAACCAGCUGUUCCCUGAAGACUUCGCGGCGUCCUUCACCGAGCUAGAGCCCCAGUAUGGAGGAAGCAGUGUUGGUAGUGGUACUGGUGGCAGUUCAGCAAGGAGACGAAGAACACGCAGGGUCCCCUCAGAAGAUCACGAACAGAAUUAUUCACAGCAGCGGUUGUAUCCUGGACACACAAGCUUAAUGCACCACGACCACCACCACCACCACCACCACCAACAACAACAACAACAGUACGAGGAGGAGCAACACCCAAGAUUACGCUCGCCUUUCCACGCCCAUAGUGACGAAAGUUCCCUCCCUCCCACCUCCCCCCACACCCAUGAUUCCCCCACAGCCCCAGGCCCACACCACCCCAAUGCCCACGGACAUCAGAGGCAUGGGCGUGACCGGGGCGCUCCUCGCUCACACUAUCCUCGAGAUUGUGACUUCAGCGACGAGAUAUGUUUUAGGAAUUUGCAAAAGUGAUUAUCUCUCUCUCUCUCUCUCUCUCUCUCUCUCUCUCUCUCUCUCUCUCACAGUGAUGGGAUGGUGUCUUUUCUCGACCAUAGUGAGGCGUGAGCAACCUCUACUUCCUUCUCUCUCUCUCUCUCUCUCUCUCUCUCUCUCUCUCUCUCUCUCUCUCUCUCUCUCUCAUGAAAAAAACAUAAAAAUGAAAGAAAAACAUAUUUUAUCUUUAAGUACUAAAUCUCUAUGGGGAAUUAAUUCAAAGGAAGAGUUAAGACGUUUUUUCUUGACAAAUUAAGUGAUUCCAAUAGAGUUUGAAAUCUAUCUCAGCUCCCCCUCACGUUAAGGAACAGAAAACGGAGCAACAUAGAAAUACAAAUACAAAUAUACAUAGAAAUACUAAUUACUGUUCCAUUUUUCGGUGCAAAGGUAAAGGUAGGUGUGUGUGUGUGUGUGUGUGUGUGUGUGUGUGUGUGUGUGUGUGUGUGUGUGUGUGUGUGUGUUUCACGUCCAUUAUUUUCCAUUUUUCCCUUUUAUUCCCAUUUUUUCAUCUUUAUCUUUUAUUGCUGUUUCUUCACGUCAUCUGUCUUUCCUCCCUUUCUCUACCUUCCUUUCACUAUCAUAAUCCUUCUCUACGCAGACACACACACGCACGAAUCUUUAUCUCUCACCAAAAAGACCACCAGCCAACUAACUUCACAGAUAAGCCUUAAGAAUUGCAACAUACCGUCCUAUUUCCACGCUCACUUGCUCAUGGAUUACACAUUUGCACGGAAGAGUAAACAAAUGACCAGAAUGAACGACAUGUUGGAAUAUGCAAGAGUGAAUUGUUGAUGGGAGGCGAGGGAAGGUGUUACACAGGGACCCUAUCAGUGAAUUAUUCAAGUGCCUUAAGUUGCCUUCUUUUUAUGAGAUAGUGUAAGUUACUAAGGGUUUGUUAGUGAGUAUAGUUACGAUUCCAGUGAGCCAAAGGAUAGGUAGACUAAAGAAGCUGCAUAUUUCCAUUUAUAAUUCACAUUGGCUGUGUUUCUCUAUACUAACCACUUCAGUACUGGGACACAUUUUUACCUUGAGAUUUGUGUACGAUUAGACCAUUUUAUUGACAUUAGGGAAGGUCUCUGGAGGUCAGAAGAUUAAUGGCCACAGUUUUCGCUAUUUUAACACCCCACAUAUGUUUCUAAAGCUGUAUAGAAUCACCAAAAAGCUGUAUAGAAUCACCAAAAGUCAAAAGAAUUAGUAUGAAAAACGCGUCAUGGUACUGAAGAGGUUGAAUAAAUACUCUCAAAAAAUGUGACAAAAUAUCUCAGUGGCGUUUGGAAAUAUCUGUUUUUUGAGUCUUCCUUUAUCAGGAAAGUACAAGCAGUGAUGCUGUGAUAGGCUAUUGGUGUGUUUGCUAUUGUGGUGCUGCUACUGUGGCUGUGACUCCUGUGAAAGCCGUUACUGUGGCUGUGUCGUCUGUUUGUGUGCUAAAAGUCGUAAUGAUGCAUUGGGUAAAUGAGGAUCCAAUUAAUCUUCCCUUAAUUGGGUUCCCGGUUACCUGUAAUACGGUUUGGGUUUGGACAUUGCUGAGAUUAUUAUUAUUAUUAUUAUUAUUAUUAUUAUUAUUAUUAUUAUUAUUAUUAUUAUUAUUAUUAUUAUUAUUAUUAUUAUUAUUAUCAUUAUUAUCAUUAUCACUUUAUUUUAUUUUACUUAUGUCUAUCUAUUUAUCUAUUUUCAAGUGGUUAUCAAAUCAAGCAUUGGUAUUUCAAUUAAUUUGUCUUUUAAAGAACUAUUAAAUGUAACACUGCCUUUUGAUGAUGCAGUCUAAUAAGUUUUUAAUCAAGUGUCAUUAAAUUAACUCUUUUUAUUCCGAGCAGUGAAUGUUUACUAAGAAAGUUGUAUAUUUCAAGACAUUUCCAACAGUAUUAUUCAUAUUUUUUUGCUCAUACUAUUUGCUCAUACUCUAAAAACCUGACAAUUGUUGCUCCCUUAAGUGUUCACAAGUUGGCUAUUCUUUCUAUGGAUUGUUUUCUAUGGCCUGACUUUUCUGUCUGUGGAUUUUUAGUCAAAUGGUUAAGUCUCGAGUCGACUGAAGCAACCUAAAUAUUGUAGCACAGAAAGGAUUCGAGUCGUGGGUUGCAAAAUGUAUCAAUCGUUUCCAAAUGUUUCGUAGACCCUUCAAUGCUGGGACACAUUUUUACCUUCAGAUUUGUGUACGAUUAGAACAGUUUAUUUAUAUUAGGACGGGUCUAUGGGGGUCAGAAGAUUAAUGGCCACAGUGUUCGCUAUUUUAGUCCCCACAUGAGUUUCUAAAGCUAUAUAAAAUCACCAAAUAGUAUGCAGAAUCAAUAUGGAAAUGCGUCAUGGUACUGAAGGAGUUAAGCUAAGUUUAGUCAUGCAUACGUACAAGUACACGUGACAGGCAUUUCUUUAAGUAUUCUAAGUCAUGAAAACCAUUAAAAUAUUGUUCUAGUAUUUGUAAAGCAUUCUAAAUGUCUUAAUGUACUUAGAACAAAAAAAUAGUUAUAGUAUGUUUUCUUUUUAUUGUAUAUCAAAGGAUUCUCUUUUAUAUUUUCUAAUACAGUAAGUACCAAAAAUUAUAAGAUAUUUUUAUGGUUUAUCAAAUUAUUCUCAAUGUUUCAAUACAGUGAUUUAAAAAAUAUAGGAUAUUUCUUCCGGCAAAUUAAAGUAUUACAAGUCUUUCUUUCAGUACAGUGAAGUAGAGAGGAUAAAGAAAAGCUACGGUAUUUUUUAAGCAUUUUCCUUCUGUCUGUACAAUGUAGUAAUGAUAAAUAGACCGUUAUAUAUUUUCGUUAACAAUAUCUUUAAAGUAUUCUCAAAUAUUUCAAUGCAAUGUACGUAACUAAAAAUUUACUCCAUGUUUUUUGUACUGUUUGUAAAAGGAGAGAUUAUGAUAGAGUAACAAUGAGUACUAGAAUAUUUUACUUAAGACAACUAAGUGUUAAGCAGAAGAUAACUCUAAUGACAUGAAAUUGCAUAUCUAGUUUCAGUAACAACUAGGAACUGGGAAUUUGAGUUCAGAUUUAGAAGUUAAUGUGUUCUAUGCCUAAAAAAAUAUAACUUCUAAAUAUGUUAUCACUUCAGGUAUAUUGUACUGUUAAUUAAUUGUACUCUGCUUUCCAUCCACAAUAAGGAAUCUAAGAGUGUUCGAUUCCCUGUACAACUGGCGGCAAAAUUUCCUUCUGUUGGCUUGUUUUUAUCUCAUGGUGUUCAUUUUGUGUUGAACUAAUCCAUUUGUGUAUUGACUUUCGAUCAAUAAAAUCCAAAAUUAU